GAGGGUGUGUCUUCGAAGGCCGUCAAGGAAAGGACUGAGGCUAUGAUCACCCUCCGACAGAUAUUAAGACAUACUCAAGGCACUUCCAAGAUCGAUAAUCUGAAGGACCCGGCCCUCUUCAGGAUCUACGACACAAUCAUUCAGGCCAUUAAUGUAGAGGUCACCCAAUUGCGAUCUCUUAGAGCCGGUGUCAAAAGUAAAACCACCCUGCCUGCGACCGAAGCGAGACUCAGCAGUUGCUCUGCUACUUUCCGUGUCGCAAUUGAAGUGGGCGUUCGCAAUAUUCGCUCCAAAACUGUCAAGGCUCUCAUCGAGCAUAUCAUCACCAACUUCAAUGAUGCCGAUGGUAAUCCUGAGCUUGUAUUGGCAACUGACUAUGCUCGAAACCUCUCUGUCAUACUCGGUCACGAGCCUCACGUCGAGCAUCUAUCUCAAGACUAUUGGAAGACAACUAUGGGUUUCUGUCUCGAGAAGAUGAAACUCUUUCCCCAAUCAGACCUCAAGUUGGGCUCCAGCAUCUUGACCCAAAGAUCAUCACGCUCUCAUUUCGCUUCUUUCCAGUCGAACGGCGAGAAAGGGACUCUUCCUAGGCAUGUUUUGGACGAUUUGGUCAAUGUUGUUCGUUCCCUGGUCUGCGUGCCAUUCGCACCGCUUCUUCACAAAGGCCCCGAGGCUGUUGACGCGAUGGCACAGUUCUUGCACAAUUCACCACACUCGGCGAAGCCUCAGAUCGAUGCAUUUGUAGUGAUCAACACUAUUCUUCUCCAGAUACGCAUGGAGAACCUCAAAUUCGCCAAAGAAUUCACACGUGAUGCGCUCAACCUCACCAGGUCACUGUGGAACACCAAGCUCUCUGCAUUGAAGGACGAGAUGCUGUCUAUGCUGAUCUUACUGCACCCAUUUGUUGAGAUGCUCACGCAUGAGGGUGAAAAUGAGCUGGUUCACACCGCAAUCUCAAACCUUGUCGAAACGAUGAAGAGCGAAUACACGAGACGCCCAAUCAAGGAUCAGCUUCAGCUCAGUCAACUGUCUCUUCGACUCAAUCUGCGGCAACCUUCUGAUGGCUUACGAGGUCCAGUUUUUGCUUUGCAGGACGGCCAGACAAAUAGUGAGAGCACUUCGAGUGCCGAGCACAAUUGGACAUUGCUCAAGUUGCUGGCGCAAUUUUCAUGCUGGAGUCAAACUUUCGAUCAGAGAACUGGCAAGAGGUCAACGUCUCCAGGGGCAGGUCCCCAGAAGCGCCAACGUGUUGCACAAUGGUCAGACGAGCUUUUCCGCAUGCUCUCUGACUUCAGCAUUGCUAGCAGACUAUGUUCCUUGCAGAUCAUAUGCUUCAUUGGUCAAUAUACUCCUAUUGAGGAAGAAGUUUUCAGCAGUCUGAUUGAGAAACUGUCCACCUUAAUUAUUGACGACAAUAGUUCUGUCGCUUCGUGGGCCUACUUAGCCCUUGCCAGUUGUGCUAGCCAGGCCGCGGCCAAAGUAAAUAGUCUGGUUGGAACCUGGGAAUCUGUUUGGCGUUACACUUUGAGAGGGAUCGCUCCUGCUCAAACGUGUAGACCAGCAUGUCAUGUCCUUCACAUUAUGAUCCAAGCAGAACUUGUUGAUCGGGCAAUAAUCCUUGAGAACCUCGGUUCUAUGCUUUCGAGCAUCUCGAUCAGCGGGCCUACCAUCUUUGGUGACUCGGUCGCUGGACUUUUUCAAGCCGUCAUGGUUCGAUUCCAGCGUGAGGGUACAUCAUCCAUCGGCGAGAGAAUCGAACAGAUCCUGACCUGGGCCUUUCGGACUUGGGCACCAAGCAAUUUCCAUGAUAAGAUUCUCUCGUUAAACAAUACCGCAGUCACACUCUUGCUCGGUCUUUGCACGACUGAAACCAAAAGUGCAGUGGAAAAAUGGCAGAAUGUGAAGGAGCAAACCGCCGGUCAUCUGGACAGAAACAUGAUCCGUAUGGUCGGCAUUCUGGUCAUUGUUGGAUUAUGUCUUGCCAACUGUUUGAAGGCCAAAGACACACGUCGAGCAGAGCAACUUCGUGUCGCUAAUGAAAAGCUUAUGAUGCUCAUGUUUAGCGACCUCUCAAACUCUGGUAGUGAGCAAGACAAGGUGGACGCAUUGAUUGAUCUUAUUGCUGGUAGACUUUUGGUCUGUCACCCGGACUCGUCGACUUACGAAAGUCACGAUCGUCAUGUCUGCAUGGCGAAACUGUCAACCUCACUACUAGAACUUCUUGAGAAUAGGCGCUACAUGACACAGCCGGAACCCUCCCUGAAGAAGAGCGACACGAGCGACAUGAUGGACUUUGACACCGAUUUCGAGUCGCAGGUGACUUCAUACACUGCUCCUGUGAGCGAGCUUAUACCUCGCGUCCUUGAGCUUCCUGCAUCAGAAAUUCUUGCCAGCGGGCCAUUUCUUACAGCUCUACCCCUUUACGGUGUACAACUCACUCCGAAGCAAUUCGAGCCACUUCUUGAGUUCUUCGCGGACAACACGCUUCAAUCUUACGAAUACGAGCGUGCUGAGACCAACAUUGACCUAUUGUUAGGUGUCAUGGAAAGCUUUGUGUAUACCUGGACAGAUGCAUCGGACCAGGAGUUCUAUACAUUUGGCCUCGAUAUCUAUAAAUGGUUCACCGUCACGGCUUUGAAAGCUAACCUUCUUUCACCAUGCGUGCAGAAACGACUCAUUCAUCUCAUGCUGCAGAUUCUGCAGAUCGAUGCAGAUUAUGGACAGGCUGAUAAACUUCCGACAAUUCGUUCUAUACUGUUUCGUCUGAUGCGCGAAGGUACUCUGGAAGUCAAGUACUAUAUUGCUCAAAACUUGUCAUCAAUCUUCAGCAUCUUCGCUCUACCUUUUCACCAAGAGGUCUUCGAAGAGCUCAGGACCAGUUUACCUAUAGACACAGAAUGGGCCGAAGGCCUCGCCGUUCGGAUUUUAGUGUUAGCGAACCUAGCUGCUGGUUGGCACUCGCUCCGACGACAAUGCAUCUACCACAUAUUCGAAACCGCAGGCAUGGUUGCUGAAGUUGGAGAAUACGCUGCAACUUGUGUCGCCACAAUCUCCAACUCCCUCAAUCUUAUUUCACCCAAAGAACUAUUCCGACUGUUCUCUCCUCAGCUGCUGUUCACCUGGUUGGAAAACCAAGCAGUGGCAAAGAUUCCUUUCGGAGUAUUCGGUUAUGAGGGCAUGACUGAGCUGCUGGAGCAUAAUAUUGACGAGAUCUAUGCACAACUGGUCAUUCGCGAGAAAGAGGAGGAGAUUGGCUGGUUAACUAAAACUCUGAACUUGCAAGAAGGACAGAUUUUACGGUCCACAUUCAGUAAGACGCUUGCUUACGCCAUCUCUUGGGAUGUGUCUGGCAAGCAGAUAUCUUCACAAGAUUCAUCUCAGGCGGCAACUACGUGUGAGUCCCGCAUUCGAGCUUUCUUCAAAACAAGCAGCGAAUACUGUGUCGCGGUCCAAUCCAAUCUGCCAGACAUCAUAGCUCAGAUUUUUACCUCAACGUACCAUGAAGAGGUUGUUGAGAAGGUCCUCGAAAAGAGAUCUCAGUACGAAUAUGCGCAGAACGCCCUUUCUGCAAUGAAGCGAUAUGGGUUUCUCGACACAGAGAUCUCUCAGGUUCAACAACCAAGUUUCAAAGGCAGAUAUCUCAUCGACCAGCUCGAGAGAGUCUGUCGCAGGACAGGUAACAAGACUCUCAAGACCGUCAAGGAUGUUUUAGAUGUGCCGCAUAUCACUGUCACUCUGCGAUCGAUCAUCGAUGGUAUGCACCCUGCGUAUGGUCCACUUCACGCUUGUCGGACUGUCAGAAAACUGCGCAUAUUCAUUGCGCUAGCUGGAGAUGAAGUCUUCAAUGGCUAUCCUUUGCAAACACUGAUUCGAACUUUGCAGCCAGUCAUUAUUGACCCCCAUUGUUCUGACGAUGGCAUGGGUGUAUUGCAAUACUUGCUUGAGCGUGGAAAGUCCUUCCUCAAACAGGAGUUAUCAAUGAUCACUGGUACAGGCUUACUGAUUCUCUUGUCGUUGAAGCAAUUUAUGACCUCUCGGCAAGACAAGACCACCCAGGAGAGUCAGUACCGCAACACGGUCUCAAAGAUGCAGUCUUUCCACAACUGGCUCGUCGAGUAUCUUCUCGAAUUUGGUUCCGCCUCGAAAGCACCUCAGCAUCAAGCAGCUCUCUGUUCGCUUGUUCAGUCGUGCCGGGAUUUAGAACUACCAGAAUCCUCGAGUACAAAUCAGGCUGCGAGUGCCAUGUUGAGAGGGCUUCUAGACGACGAGGACUCGGCCACGCCGAUUCUGGGAUCUACCGAAAGAAGACAAGUAAUAUCGACUCUGUGUCGCAACUUCCAUGUAAGCAGUAAGACAGCUGACGACAUGUUUGGUUCUGACCAACUGUCGCUUUCUUACGCUCGGCGGGUGUGGGAAUCUACCCAAACACUCACAGUCGCUGACGACUAUGGAGCAUGGGCCGCGAAGGUUCUGGGACGUGCUUAUGCAUCAACAGUCUCUCUGGAACAGAUUCGGCCUACACGAGGUCUGAUGUCUCAUCUAACAAGUGGCAAUGGAGAGAAGAGUCCAUCCAUGCAAGCCAUCGUGACCAAGCUCAACAAUCUUCUCUCCAGUCAAAACCGAACACAUGUUGGAGUUGCUGAGCAGAGUCUCAGAAGCAUUACGAAUCAAUUCCUCGCUCUAGGAGACCACAAUGGUGCCAUCGAAUUUGAGAAAGUUCUACCGGGCCAUGUCAUCGAUGCGAUAGCCAGAGUGUACUAUAGAGACACGAUAGAUGCUAGAAACAGCCAAAAGCUUCGCAGAGAGGAUCUCUGGCAGGCCGCGAAACUCGAUGUCAAGAAGCCUUUCGCACUCUGGGUACAGGACUUGGCCGUCUCUAUCUGCCGAUGGACGAAAGAUGACCCACUCAUCGGUCAACUAGAGAGACUUUUCCUCUGCGGUGACGAAUUUUCGGCAGAACUCUUCCCCUACAUCGUUCAUCUUGCUCUCAGUUCUGAGAUCGAGAAGGAACAAGUCGUCCGGGUCUAUCUAUCAGAGUCCUUCAAUGCACAUUUCAGCACUCGUGAGGCAGACACUGACCGAAAAUCUCGUCUGUUGUUAGAGUCGCUCUUGUAUCUGCUCACUCGGAAGAUCCACAACGAGAAGACGAGAAUGGAUCGUCUAGAGUGGUUGGAGCUGGACUAUCUUCUUGCUGCAGAGGCUGCUGAUAAGUGCAACAUGCCAACUGCAUCUCUGUAUCUUGCAGAGCUGGGUGCAGCUCCUCAGACUGCUACUCAGUCGUCACGAAAAUCAUCGGUGACUCUCCCUGAACCAAAGCUGCCCUCAAAUGAGCUACUUCUGUCGAUUUACAGUCGUGUGGACGAUCCUGAUUCGUUCUACGGUGUAAAACAACUACCAUCUCUGGAGUCUGUGCUGGCGCGUGUCCAUCACGAAGGUGAUGGAAUCAAAGGGUUAAUGCUGCACUCUGCUCGAAUGGACGCGUCUAUGCGAAAGUGUGGAUUGGCAGAUGAAGCUGAUAGGCUUGGACUUAUAGGCUCUGUUGGUGCUAUGAACUUGAGCAGUCUGACUCACGAUAUACUUAACCGUAAAGGUGGUCAGUCUACAACAGCCGCGACAGACACCAUGCUCAACGCUGCUCGCAAACUGGAACAAUGGGAUGUGUCUCCUCCUCAAAUGAAUGGUUCGGCUGCAAGUACGGUGUACAGUGUGUUCAGAGGACUCGCUGGUGCCACGCAGUUGGAGUCUCUCCAGCUAGAAUUGAAUAGAGCUCUGGGCUUAUCGAUACAGCACCUGCAGGACACUCGCCUCGAUGCAUCUGCGGUCCGCGCUACUUUGUCGAGCAUUGCUGUACUCAACGAAAUUGACGAGCUUACUACAGUGAGAUGUUCAGCAGACCUUUCCGAGCUCUGGCAACGAAUGCAACAAAGACAGGGUGGAUGGGAUAUCGGCCGUUUCAACGAUGCUCAAAACAUUGUUUCCUGUCGCGAAACCCUUUUCAGUCUGUUGAGUCAGAACAAACAUCUCAGAGAGGCUCUCCAUGUCAGUAUCCGAGACUCUCGCGCAAUAGAGGCUCGAUCAGUCAUUAGCUCUUCCCAAUUUGCCAGGAGGAACGAUUUGAUACAACAAUCCCUGACUGCGGCGACGUAUCUUUCUCAGUUGGUCCCUGUCUGUCAAGAGGUUGAUGUGAACAUGGACGCUGCGGCCCACUUUGAGGUAGCAACUACGCUAUGGAGACAGGGCGAAAUCUCUACGUCGGUGCAAAUGCUGCAGGAGCUCUGUUCUCGGACAGAUCUGUUGGAGCAGUCGAUCCAGGUUGGCCGAGCAGGAAUGUUGGCGCAGUUGGGACACGAGGUUGCAGACGCGCGCCUUGAAAAGCCAGGAGAAGUCAUUGCAAACUAUCUCAGACCAGCCAUUGAGCAGCUGGACAAAGCAACAUCUGGUUCCGAGACUGGAAAGGUCCAUCACGAGUUCGCCUCUUUUUGCGAUCAACAACUCCAGGACCCUGGUAAUCUGGAAGACUUUCAACGACUAGCAAAACUUCGAGAUCGUAAACUGGGAGAAUUGCGACAAUUUGAGAAGCUCGUCAAGGAAGCCACUACCAAGGACAAGAAGCGAGAGCUGAUGAAGGCGCAACAGACUGUGCACAAAUGGUACCAGCUUGAUGACGAAGAAUACCAGAGGAUGAAACGCAGCCGUGAUGACUUUGUCCGCCAGAGUCUCCAGAACUAUUUACGAGCACUGAUGGUCUCUGACGAGUUCAACCCAUCCGUUGUCCGCUUCUUUGCACUCUGGCUUGAGAACUCGGAUUCAGAGUCUUCGAACGCCGUCGUACAAAAGACUCUACCAGACGUCCCUAGCUGGAAAUUUGUUGGUCUGAUGAACCAGCAGACAUCGCGUCUGCAGUACGAGUCAAGCGUUUUCCAGCAAUCGCUUUCGGACCUCAUUCUUCGCAUCUGCAUCGAUCAUCCUCAUCAUGGUGUCCACUACAUUUACACGGCCUGCUAUUCAUCCAUUGUGGAGACUGACGUGGCUGCAAGAUCUCGACGCGACGCUGCUCUCACUAUCGCGAAGAAACUAAGCAGUGAUGAGAAGGCGGCCGAGCCCCUGAGGAAGGGCUUUAGAGUGGGUGAUUCCUACAAAGAUCUCGCCGAAUUGAACUUGAAUCCGAAAGAGUUCAAGGGCAAGAUUACAGUCAACAUGGUGCCUAAAGCUAAGGAUAUGGUCAGCACAGUGUUGGCCAGGAAAGUGCCACCUGCAACGAUGUCAGUUGAGCUUCGCCUUGAUUGCGAUUACUCUUCUGUUCCGAUAGUUGCCCGGUACAGAGAUGACAUACGUAUCGCCAACGGCCUGAGCGCGCCUAAGAUCAUGGUCGCUAUCGGAACAGAUGGUAAAGAAUACCGCCAGCUAUUCAAAGGUGGCAACGACGAUCUCAGACAAGACGCCAUCAUGGAGCAAGUAUUUGGCGAGGUCAGCAAGAUGCUACAGACACACAAGACAUCUCGUCAACGCAACUUGCACGUUCGCACAUACAAAGUGCUGCCGCUCACAUCAACAUGCGGCAUCAUCGAGUUCGUACCGCACUCGGUGCCUCUGGGCGAAUUCCUGGUUCCCGCGCACGUUAACUACCAUCCCUCGGACCUGUCGCAAAACAAAGCACGCGAAAAGAUCAGCAGCGUACAGAGCAACCCCAAAGAUACACGCAUCAAAGUCUACCGCGAGGUAGCAGCCAAACACAAGCCAGUCCUCCGUCAUUUCUUCCUCGAGCGCUUCCAAGACCCAGACGACUGGUUCCAAAAACGACUGAACUACACCCGUAGUACAGCCACCAUCUCCAUUCUAGGCUGGAUUUUGGGGUUGGGUGAUCGCCACUGCCACAACAUCCUGCUAGAUGAAAAGAGUGGUGAAGCCAUUCAUAUUGAUCUGGGAGUAGCUUUCGAAGCCGGCCGCGUGUUGCCCAUCCCCGAAGUCGUUCCCUUCCGCCUCACCCGCGACAUCGUCGACGGCAUGGGCGUCACAAAAACCGAAGGGGUGUUUCGGCGCUGCUGCGAAUUCAGCAUGGAUGCUUUACGCGCGGAGAAAGACGCCAUCAUGACUUUACUCAACGUCUUGCGCUACGAUCCAUUUUACUCAUGGACGCUUUCCCCCUUGAAAGCCCGCCGCAUGCAAGAUCCGAGUCGAGAGGGCGAUGAAGUGGGGUCAGCGAGUAAGAGGCCUGAAGACGAGGCUGGGGAGGCAGCUAGGGCAUUGGCGAUUGUGGAGAAGAAGUUGAGUAAGACACUGAGUACGGCUGCUACGGUGAAUGAGUUGAUUCAGCAGGCGAGUGACGAGAAGAAUUUGGCGGUGUUGUUUGCCGGGUGGGCUGCUUAUUGUUGA